AUGUCUCGACAAGUCGCAAGAGGAGUUGAUACGAAAAAAAUUAGUAGUGAACUCUUUGCACUGACUUAUGGCUCAAUAGUUGCCCAGCUUGUGAAUGAUUAUGAAGAAGAUGAUGAAAUCAACAAGCAACUUGAUAAGAUGGGCUACAACAUAGGAAUUAGAAUUAUUGAGGACUUUCUUGCUAGAUCAGGUAUCGGAAGGUGCACAGACUUCAGGGAGACAGCAGACAUCAUCUCAAAAGUGGCAUUUAAAAUGUUCCUUGGAAUCACACCCGUUGUCACUAAUUGGAGUUCAACUGGAGAUGAAUUUUCCUUACUAAUUGAGAACAACCCCCUAACUGAGUUUGUUGAACUUCCUGACAACCACAGCCAACUUAACUACUCAAACAUUAUCUGUGGAGCCAUGAGGGGUGCUCUUGAAAUGGUGCAGUUAGACGUUAGUGUCUGGUUCGUUCAGGACCAACUGAAGGGUGACAACAUCACAGAAAUAAGGUUAAAGUUCAACAAGAGGUUAGAAGAUGCUCUGCCCCCCGGAGAAGACUAA